AUGGUUCAUUCAGAUUUUUGUCUAAAAGCUGGUAAACAUUUGGACGAAAAUAUGCAUACUGCUGAUCAAUAUUUAUCGUUUGAACAAACUUUUAAAUGGAAAUUAAUGAUAUUUAUUCACCUCAUUUACACAUCAUCAUGCUAUUCAUCGAAUUCCAUUACAAUGAAACGUCCAUCAACAGAUUCUUUUCAUCCAUUACCUGAGAAAUAUAUUGACCUACUAAGUCCAAUCAAGGUUGAUCAUGAUUAUCUUCACUUCAAUCCAGGCACAACAUCUGGAACAGAUUGUAAUCAAUGGGAAAACCGGACCUUACAAACUUCCAGUCCUACUGAAACACUGCAAUUGGACUACAAUGGCCAAAAUAAUAUAUCUUUGUCCCACACACCAUUAUUGCCAGUCAGCUUUUUGGUUGAAAUGAUACCAUAUCCAAGAUCAUAUCCUGGACGAUCAUUUUUCUUCAGUCGUCUAGAUAACUUGAAUCGUAUACGUUUGGCUAUCGGAUUAAACCAAUGGGGUAAAACUGGUGAAUCUAUGGAAUUAUGGAUACAUCAUGAAUUCUUUUAUAGUCUGGAACCAACUCCAAAAAUUUCCACGUAUUAUAUUGGGUCAGGUUUAGUAAAUCAUGCCGGUCUUGUAAUAGUACCUUUACCGAAUUAUCAGUUCAAUACUAACAAACUUAUUACAUUAAUUAUUGAAAUUACAAACGCCAGUGUUAAAGUGUACAAAAACUGUAAGUUAUACCAUAAACCUCUAUUUAGUAUUAAUUAUCGACAAAAUAUAAAAUACCAUCAUUUACAUGGAGACAGAUUUGAAAAUAAAUCAAAAGAAUUAUCGAGAAUGGAUAAAUUCUAUACUCUGUCAGGAGGACCAUAUCAUGGUGACAAAUUUCUAGGUCUUAUGAAACGAAUGAAAAUGUUUUUUACGGAAUAUGGAGCUCGAAAAUAUUGUUUUGAUGAUAGUAAUUUCAAACUAUGCAAAAGUAGUUUAAAUGAACAACAUAUCCGAACAGAAUGGCAGAAAUUAAAUUCAUUUGACCAGUCAAAUCAUACAGUUCAAUUAAAUAAUAAUGAACAGAUCAGUGGUAAAAUCAAUCAACAAUUAAACAAUAAUAUCUAUAAUAGAAUAAAACAAUCAUUUAACAAUAACAGUGAUGUAACCGUAAAAAAUCGAAUGAAAUCAAAUAGAUGUAAUCAAAAUAUUCAUGAAGAUAAUUGUACUAAAUUAAAUUUGAAUAAGUCGGUGAAUAAUGUACCAGGUGGAAGACCAGCACUGACAGAGGUAGUUGGAGCUGAAGGAGAUGUGAGUGGAGACGCUUCGACAGGCACCCAUUCUGUCAGUCACAUGGAUCGUGUCGAUUCCGGAGAGGAGAAUGUUCUCGGAACACAGGUACCAGGUGGAAGACCAGCACUGACAGAGAUAGUUGGAGCUGAAGGAGAUGUGAGUGGAGACGCUUCGACAGGCACCCAUUCUGUCAGUCACAUGGAUCGUGUCGAUUCCGGAGAGGAGAAUGUUCUCGGAACACAGGUACCAGGUGGAAGACCAGCACUGACAGAGAUAGUUGGAGCUGAAGGAGAUGUGAGUGGAGACGCUUCGACAGGCACCCAUUCUGUCAGUCACAUGGAUCGUGUCGAUUCCGGAGAGGAGAAUGUUCUCGGAACACAGGUACCAGGUGGAAGACCAGCACUGACAGAGAUAGUUGGAGCUGAAGGAGAUGUGAGUGGAGACGCUUCGACAGGCACCCAUUCUGUCAGUCACAUGGAUCGUGUCGAUUCCGGAGAGGAGAAUGUUCUCGGAACACAGGUACCAGGUGGAAGACCAGCACUGACAGAGAUAGUUGGAGCUGAAGGAGAUGUGAGUGGAGACGCUUCGACAGGCACCCAUUCUGUCAGUCACAUGGAUCGUGUCGAUUCCGGAGAGGAGAAUGUUCUCGGAACACAGGUACCAGGUGGAAGACCAGCACUGACAGAGGUAGUUGGAGCUGAAGGAGAUGUGAGUGGAGACGCUUCGAUAGGCACCCAUUCUGUCAGUCACAUGGAUCGUGUCGAUUCCGGAGAGGAGAAUGUUCUCGGAACACAGGUACCAGGUGGAAGACCAGCACUGACAGAGAUAGUUGGAGCUGAAGGAGAUGUGAGUGGAGACGCUUCGACAGGCACCCAUUCUGUCAGUCACAUGGAUCGUGUCGAUUCCGGAGAGAUGAAUGUUCUCGGAACACAGGUACCAGGUGGAAGACCAGCACUGACAGAGAUAGUUGGAGCUGAAGGAGAUGUGAGUGGAGACGCUUCGACAGGCACCCAUUCUGUCAGUCACAUGGAUCGUGUCGAUUCCGGAGAGGAGAAUGUUCUCGGAACACAGGUACCAGGUGGAAGACCAGCACUGACAGAGAUAGUUGGAGCUGAAGAAGAUGUGAGUGGAGACGCUUCGACAGGCACCCAUUCUGUCAGUCACAUGGAUCGUGUCGAUUCCGGAGGGGAGAAUGUUCUCGGAACACAGGUACCAGGUGGAAGACCAGCACUGACAGAGGUAGUUGGAGCUGAAGGAGAUGUGAGUGGAGACGCUUCGACAGGCAUCCAUUCUGUCAGUCACAUGGAUCGUGUCGAUUCCGGAGGGGAGAAUGUUCUCGGAACACAGGUACCAGGUGGAAGACCAGCACUGACAGAGAUAGUUGGAGCUGAAGGAGAUGUGAGUGGAGACGCUUCGACAGGCAUCCAUUCUGUCAGUCACAUGGAUCGUGUCGAUUCCGGAGGGGAGAAUGUUCUCGGAACACAGGUACCAGGUGGAAGACCAGCACUGACAGAGAUAGUUGGAGCUGAAGGAGAUGUGAGUGGAGACGCUUCGACAGGCAUCCAUUCUGUCAGUCACAUGGAUCGUGUCGAUUCCGGAGGGGAGAAUGUUCUCGGAACACAGGUACCAGGUGGAAGACCAGCACUGACAGAGGUAGUUGGAGCUGAAGGAGAUGUGAGUGGAGACGCUUCGACAGGCACCCAUUCUGUCAGUCACAUGGAUCGUGUCGAUUCCGGAGGGGAGAAUGUUCUCGGAACACAGGUACCAGGUGGAAGACCAGCACUGACAGAGAUAGUUGGAGCUGAAGGAGAUGUGAGUGGAGACGCUUCGACAGGCACCCAUUCUGUCAGUCACAUGGAUCGUGUCGAUUCCGGAGGGGAGAAUGUUCUCGGAACACAGGUACCAGGUGGAAGACCAGCACUGACAGAGAUAGUUGGAGCUGAAGGAGAUGUGAGUGGAGACGCUUCGACAGGCAUCCAUUCUGUCAGUCACAUGGAUCGUGUCGAUUCCGGAGGGGAGAAUGUUCUCGGAACACAGGUACCAGGUGGAAGACCAGCACUGACAGAGAUAGUUGGAGCUGAAGGAGAUGUGAGUGGAGACGCUUCGACAGGCACCCAUUCUGUCAGUCACAUGGAUCGUGUCGAUUCCGGAGGGGAGAAUGUUCUCGGAACACAGGUACCAGGUGGAAGACCAGCACUGACAGAGAUAGUUGGAGCUGAAGGAGAUGUGAGUGGAGACGCUUCGACAGGCAUCCAUUCUGUCAGUCACAUGGAUCGUGUCGAUUCCGGAGGGGAGAAUGUUCUCGGAACACAGGUACCAGGUGGAAGACCAACACCGACAGAGAUAGUUGGAGCAGAAGGAGAUGUGAGUGGAGACGCUUCGACAGGCACCCAUUCUGUCAGUCACAUGGAUCGUGUCGAUUCCGGAUGCGAGAAUGUUCUCGGAACACAGGUGUCAAGUGAACAACCAGCAUCGACGAGUGAACGUCAGACCGGAGACAAUGAGACCAGAGACACUUCAGGAGACUCUGACUCCAUCAGUCACAUGGGUGUUGGUGUUGGUGUCGGUGCCAGUGAGGAGAAUCUUCUCGACACACAGGUGUCAAGUGAACAACCAGCAUCGACGAGUGAACGUCAGACCGGAGACAAUGAGACCAGAGACACUUCAGGAGACUCUGACUCCAUCAGUCACAUGGGUGUUGGUGUUGGUGUCGGUGCCAGUGAGGAGAAUCUUCUCGACACACAGGUGUCAAGUGAACAACCAGCAUCGACGAGUGAACGUCAGACCGGAGACAAUGAGACCAGAGACACUUCAGGAGACUCUGACUCCAUCAGUCACAUGGGUGUUGGUGUUGGUGUCGGUGCCAGUGAGGAGAAUCUUCUCGACACACAGGUGUCAAGUGAACAACCAGCAUCGACGAGUGAACGUCAGACCGGAGACAAUGAGACCAGAGACACUUCAGGAGACUCUGACUCCAUCAGUCACAUGGGUGUUGGUGUUGGUGUCGGUGCCAGUGAGGAGAAUCUUCUCGACACACAGGUGUCAAGUGAACAACCAGCAUCGACGAGUGAACGUCAGACCGGAGACAAUGAGACCAGAGACACUUCAGGAGACUCUGACUCCAUCAGUCACAUGGGUGUUGGUGUUGGUGUCGGUGCCAGUGAGGAGAAUCUUCUCGACACACAGGUGUCAAGUGAACAACCAGCAUCGACGAGUGAACGUCAGACCGGAGACAAUGAGACCAGAGACACUUCAGGAGACUCUGACUCCAUCAGUCACAUGGGUGUUGGUGUUGGUGUCGGUGCCAGUGAGGAGAAUCUUCUCGACACACAGGUGUCAAGUGAACAACCAGCAUCGACGAGUGAACGUCAGACCGGAGACAAUGAGACCAGAGACACUUCAGGAGACUCUGACUCCAUCAGUCACAUGGGUGUUGGUGUUGGUGUCGGUGCCAGUGAGGAGAAUCUUCUCGACACACAGGUGUCAAGUGAACAACCAGCAUCGACGAGUGAACGUCAGACCGGAGACAAUGAGACCAGAGACACUUCAGGAGACUCUGACUCCAUCAGUCACAUGGGUGUUGGUGUUGGUGUCGGUGCCAGUGAGGAGAAUCUUCUCGACACACAGGUGUCAAGUGAACAACCAGCAUCGACGAGUGAACGUCAGACCGGAGACAAUGAGACCAGAGACACUUCAGGAGACUCUGACUCCAUCAGUCACAUGGGUGUUGGUGUUGGUGUCGGUGCCAGUGAGGAGAAUCUUCUCGACACACAGGUGUCAAGUGAACAACCAGCAUCGACGAGUGAACGUCAGACCGGAGACAAUGAGACCAGAGACACUUCAGGAGACUCUGACUCCAUCAGUCACAUGGGUGUUGGUGUUGGUGUCGGUGCCAGUGAGGAGAAUCUUCUCGACACACAGGUGUCAAGUGAACAACCAGCAUCGACGAGUGAACGUCAGACCGGAGACAAUGAGACCAGAGACACUUCAGGAGACUCUGACUCCAUCAGUCACAUGGGUGUUGGUGUUGGUGUCGGUGCCAGUGAGGAGAAUCUUCUCGACACACAGGUGUCAAGUGAACAACCAGCAUCGACGAGUGAACGUCAGACCGGAGACAAUGAGACCAGAGACACUUCAGGAGACUCUGACUCCAUCAGUCACAUGGGUGUUGGUGUUGGUGUCGGUGCCAGUGAGGAGAAUCUUCUCGACACACAGGUGUCAAGUGAACAACCAGCAUCGACGAGUGAACGUCAGACCGGAGACAAUGAGACCAGAGACACUUCAGGAGACUCUGACUCCAUCAGUCACAUGGGUGUUGGUGUUGGUGUCGGUGCCAGUGAGGAGAAUCUUCUCGACACACAGGUGUCAAGUGAACAACCAGCAUCGACGAGUGAACGUCAGACCGGAGACAAUGAGACCAGAGACACUUCAGGAGACUCUGACUCCAUCAGUCACAUGGGUGUUGGUGUUGGUGUCGGUGCCAGUGAGGAGAAUCUUCUCGACACACAGGUGUCAAGUGAACAACCAGCAUCGACGAGUGAACGUCAGACCGGAGACAAUGAGACCAGAGACACUUCAGGAGACUCUGACUCCAUCAGUCACAUGGGUGUUGGUGUUGGUGUCGGUGCCAGUGAGGAGAAUCUUCUCGACACACAGGUGUCAAGUGAACAACCAGCAUCGACGAGUGAACGUCAGACCGGAGACAAUGAGACCAGAGACACUUCAGGAGACUCUGACUCCAUCAGUCACAUGGGUGUUGGUGUUGGUGUCGGUGCCAGUGAGGAGAAUCUUCUCGACACACAGGUGUCAAGUGAACAACCAGCAUCGACGAGUGAACGUCAGACCGGAGACAAUGAGACCAGAGACACUUCAGGAGACUCUGACUCCAUCAGUCACAUGGGUGUUGGUGUUGGUGUCGGUGCCAGUGAGGAGAAUCUUCUCGACACACAGGUGUCAAGUGAACAACCAGCAUCGACGAGUGAACGUCAGACCGGAGACAAUGAGACCAGAGACACUUCAGGAGACUCUGACUCCAUCAGUCACAUGGGUGUUGGUGUUGGUGUCGGUGCCAGUGAGGAGAAUCUUCUCGACACACAGGUGUCAAGUGAACAACCAGCAUCGACGAGUGAACGUCAGACCGGAGACAAUGAGACCAGAGACACUUCAGGAGACUCUGACUCCAUCAGUCACAUGGGUGUUGGUGUUGGUGUCGGUGCCAGUGAGGAGAAUCUUCUCGACACACAGGUGUCAAGUGAACAACCAGCAUCGACGAGUGAACGUCAGACCGGAGACAAUGAGACCAGAGACACUUCAGGAGACUCUGACUCCAUCAGUCACAUGGGUGUUGGUGUUGGUGUCGGUGCCAGUGAGGAGAAUCUUCUCGACACACAGGUGUCAAGUGAACAACCAGCAUCGACGAGUGAACGUCAGACCGGAGACAAUGAGACCAGAGACACUUCAGGAGACUCUGACUCCAUCAGUCACAUGGGUGUUGGUGUUGGUGUCGGUGCCAGUGAGGAGAAUCUUCUCGACACACAGGUGUCAAGUGAACAACCAGCAUCGACGAGUGAACGUCAGACCGGAGACAAUGAGACCAGAGACACUUCAGGAGACUCUGACUCCAUCAGUCACAUGGGUGUUGGUGUUGGUGUCGGUGCCAGUGAGGAGAAUCUUCUCGACACACAGGUGUCAAGUGAACAACCAGCAUCGACGAGUGAACGUCAGACCGGAGACAAUGAGACCAGAGACACUUCAGGAGACUCUGACUCCAUCAGUCACAUGGGUGUUGGUGUUGGUGUCGGUGCCAGUGAGGAGAAUCUUCUCGACACACAGGUGUCAAGUGAACAACCAGCAUCGACGAGUGAACGUCAGACCGGAGACAAUGAGACCAGAGACACUUCAGGAGACUCUGACUCCAUCAGUCACAUGGGUGUUGGUGUUGGUGUCGGUGCCAGUGAGGAGAAUCUUCUCGACACACAGGUGUCAAGUGAACAACCAGCAUCGACGAGUGAACGUCAGACCGGAGACAAUGAGACCAGAGACACUUCAGGAGACUCUGACUCCAUCAGUCACAUGGGUGUUGGUGUUGGUGUCGGUGCCAGUGAGGAGAAUCUUCUCGACACACAGGUGUCAAGUGAACAACCAGCAUCGACGAGUGAACGUCAGACCGGAGACAAUGAGACCAGAGACACUUCAGGAGACUCUGACUCCAUCAGUCACAUGGGUGUUGGUGUUGGUGUCGGUGCCAGUGAGGAGAAUCUUCUCGACACACAGGUGUCAAGUGAACAACCAGCAUCGACGAGUGAACGUCAGACCGGAGACAAUGAGACCAGAGACACUUCAGGAGACUCUGACUCCAUCAGUCACAUGGGUGUUGGUGUUGGUGUCGGUGCCAGUGAGGAGAAUCUUCUCGACACACAGGUGUCAAGUGAACAACCAGCAUCGACGAGUGAACGUCAGACCGGAGACAAUGAGACCAGAGACACUUCAGGAGACUCUGACUCCAUCAGUCACAUGGGUGUUGGUGUUGGUGUCGGUGCCAGUGAGGAGAAUCUUCUCGACACACAGGUGUCAAGUGAACAACCAGCAUCGACGAGUGAACGUCAGACCGGAGACAAUGAGACCAGAGACACUUCAGGAGACUCUGACUCCAUCAGUCACAUGGAUGUUGGUGUUGGUGUCGGUGCCAGUGAGGAGAAUCUUCUCGACACACAGGUGUCAAGUGAACAACCAGCAUCGACGAGUGAACGUCAGACCGGAGACAAUGAGACCAGAGACACUUCAGGAGACUCUGACUCCAUCAGUCACAUGGAUGUUGGUGUUGGUGUCGGUGCCAGUGAGGAGAAUCUUCUCGACACACAGGUGUCAAGUGAACAACCAGCAUCGACGAGUGAACGUCAGACCGGAGACAAUGAGACCAGAGACACUUCAGGAGACUCUGACUCCAUCAGUCACAUGGGUGUUGGUGUUGGUGUCGGUGCCAGUGAGGAGAAUCUUCUCGACACACAGGUGUCAAGUGAACAACCAGCAUCGACGAGUGAACGUCAGACCGGAGACAAUGAGACCAGAGACACUUCAGGAGACUCUGACUCCAUCAGUCACAUGGGUGUUGGUGUUGGUGUCGGUGCCAGUGAGGAGAAUCUUCUCGACACACAGGUGUCAAGUGAACAACCAGCAUCGACGAGUGAACGUCAGACCGGAGACAAUGAGACCAGAGACACUUCAGGAGACUCUGACUCCAUCAGUCACAUGGGUGUUGGUGUUGGUGUCGGUGCCAGUGAGGAGAAUCUUCUCGACACACAGGUGUCAAGUGAACAACCAGCAUCGACGAGUGAACGUCAGACCGGAGACAAUGAGACCAGAGACACUUCAGGAGACUCUGACUCCAUCAGUCACAUGGGUGUUGGUGUUGGUGUCGGUGCCAGUGAGGAGAAUCUUCUCGACACACAGGUGUCAAGUGAACAACCAGCAUCGACGAGUGAACGUCAGACCGGAGACAAUGAGACCAGAGACACUUCAGGAGACUCUGACUCCAUCAGUCACAUGGGUGUUGGUGUUGGUGUCGGUGCCAGUGAGGAGAAUCUUCUCGACACACAGGUGUCAAGUGAACAACCAGCAUCGACGAGUGAACGUCAGACCGGAGACAAUGAGACCAGAGACACUUCAGGAGACUCUGACUCCAUCAGUCACAUGGGUGUUGGUGUUGGUGUCGGUGCCAGUGAGGAGAAUCUUCUCGACACACAGGUGUCAAGUGAACAACCAGCAUCGACGAGUGAACGUCAGACCGGAGACAAUGAGACCAGAGACACUUCAGGAGACUCUGACUCCAUCAGUCACAUGGGUGUUGGUGUUGGUGUCGGUGCCAGUGAGGAGAAUCUUCUCGACACACAGGUGUCAAGUGAACAACCAGCAUCGACGAGUGAACGUCAGACCGGAGACAAUGAGACCAGAGACACUUCAGGAGACUCUGACUCCAUCAGUCACAUGGGUGUUGGUGUUGGUGUCGGUGCCAGUGAGGAGAAUCUUCUCGACACACAGGUGUCAAGUGAACAACCAGCAUCGACGAGUGAACGUCAGACCGGAGACAAUGAGACCAGAGACACUUCAGGAGACUCUGACUCCAUCAGUCACAUGGGUGUUGGUGUUGGUGUCGGUGCCAGUGAGGAGAAUCUUCUCGACACACAGGUGUCAAGUGAACAACCAGCAUCGACGAGUGAACGUCAGACCGGAGACAAUGAGACCAGAGACACUUCAGGAGACUCUGACUCCAUCAGUCACAUGGGUGUUGGUGUUGGUGUCGGUGCCAGUGAGGAGAAUCUUCUCGACACACAGGUGUCAAGUGAACAACCAGCAUCGACGAGUGAACGUCAGACCGGAGACAAUGAGACCAGAGACACUUCAGGAGACUCUGACUCCAUCAGUCACAUGGGUGUUGGUGUUGGUGUCGGUGCCAGUGAGGAGAAUCUUCUCGACACACAGGUGUCAAGUGAACAACCAGCAUCGACGAGUGAACGUCAGACCGGAGACAAUGAGACCAGAGACACUUCAGGAGACUCUGACUCCAUCAGUCACAUGGGUGUUGGUGUUGGUGUCGGUGCCAGUGAGGAGAAUCUUCUCGACACACAGGUGUCAAGUGAACAACCAGCAUCGACGAGUGAACGUCAGACCGGAGACAAUGAGACCAGAGACACUUCAGGAGACUCUGACUCCAUCAGUCACAUGGGUGUUGGUGUUGGUGUCGGUGCCAGUGAGGAGAAUCUUCUCGACACACAGGUGUCAAGUGAACAACCAGCAUCGACGAGUGAACGUCAGACCGGAGACAAUGAGACCAGAGACACUUCAGGAGACUCUGACUCCAUCAGUCACAUGGGUGUUGGUGUUGGUGUCGGUGCCAGUGAGGAGAAUCUUCUCGACACACAGGUGUCAAGUGAACAACCAGCAUCGACGAGUGAACGUCAGACCGGAGACAAUGAGACCAGAGACACUUCAGGAGACUCUGACUCCAUCAGUCACAUGGGUGUUGGUGUUGGUGUCGGUGCCAGUGAGGAGAAUCUUCUCGACACACAGGUGUCAAGUGAACAACCAGCAUCGACGAGUGAACGUCAGACCGGAGACAAUGAGACCAGAGACACUUCAGGAGACUCUGACUCCAUCAGUCACAUGGGUGUUGGUGUUGGUGUCGGUGCCAGUGAGGAGAAUCUUCUCGACACACAGGUGUCAAGUGAACAACCAGCAUCGACGAGUGAACGUCAGACCGGAGACAAUGAGACCAGAGACACUUCAGGAGACUCUGACUCCAUCAGUCACAUGGGUGUUGGUGUUGGUGUCGGUGCCAGUGAGGAGAAUCUUCUCGACACACAGGUGUCAAGUGAACAACCAGCAUCGACGAGUGAACGUCAGACCGGAGACAAUGAGACCAGAGACACUUCAGGAGACUCUGACUCCAUCAGUCACAUGGGUGUUGGUGUUGGUGUCGGUGCCAGUGAGGAGAAUCUUCUCGACACACAGGUGUCAAGUGAACAACCAGCAUCGACGAGUGAACGUCAGACCGGAGACAAUGAGACCAGAGACACUUCAGGAGACUCUGACUCCAUCAGUCACAUGGGUGUUGGUGUUGGUGUCGGUGCCAGUGAGGAGAAUCUUCUCGACACACAGGUGUCAAGUGAACAACCAGCAUCGACGAGUGAACGUCAGACCGGAGACAAUGAGACCAGAGACACUUCAGGAGACUCUGACUCCAUCAGUCACAUGGGUGUUGGUGUUGGUGUCGGUGCCAGUGAGGAGAAUCUUCUCGACACACAGGUGUCAAGUGAACAACCAGCAUCGACGAGUGAACGUCAGACCGGAGACAAUGAGACCAGAGACACUUCAGGAGACUCUGACUCCAUCAGUCACAUGGGUGUUGGUGUUGGUGUCGGUGCCAGUGAGGAGAAUCUUCUCGACACACAGGUGUCAAGUGAACAACCAGCAUCGACGAGUGAACGUCAGACCGGAGACAAUGAGACCAGAGACACUUCAGGAGACUCUGACUCCAUCAGUCACAUGGGUGUUGGUGUUGGUGUCGGUGCCAGUGAGGAGAAUCUUCUCGACACACAGGUGUCAAGUGAACAACCAGCAUCGACGAGUGAACGUCAGACCGGAGACAAUGAGACCAGAGACACUUCAGGAGACUCUGACUCCAUCAGUCACAUGGGUGUUGGUGUUGGUGUCGGUGCCAGUGAGGAGAAUCUUCUCGACACACAGGUGUCAAGUGAACAACCAGCAUCGACGAGUGAACGUCAGACCGGAGACAAUGAGACCAGAGACACUUCAGGAGACUCUGACUCCAUCAGUCACAUGGGUGUUGGUGUUGGUGUCGGUGCCAGUGAGGAGAAUCUUCUCGACACACAGGUGUCAAGUGAACAACCAGCAUCGACGAGUGAACGUCAGACCGGAGACAAUGAGACCAGAGACACUUCAGGAGACUCUGACUCCAUCAGUCACAUGGGUGUUGGUGUUGGUGUCGGUGCCAGUGAGGAGAAUCUUCUCGACACACAGAUGUAUAAACCAACGGAUGAAAUGGAUCAGACAUCUGAUGACUUGUACGUGGGACUGGUUAAACAUAAAGUAGAAAAACAGUCUCAUGAUAGAAAUGCAACGUAUAUAACAUUUGAAGAAGUCUCAGGAACCUAUCGAAUGAAUAGAAGAGCUGAUUAUAAUUAUACCAUAAAUUCUCCAUUCGACGAAGUCAUAGUCCAUAUUGGACAGAAAGGAGACAUUGGACCACAGGGUCCAGCUGGUCCAGUGGGCUCUACGGGUUAUUGUCCAGAAACAAUAUGUCCAUCAAUUGAUAUGAGUUCAUUGAAAGGUGUUCAAGGUGAGACUGGAUCAAGUGAAUGGUGUAAUAGAUCAUGUAAAACUAUUGAUGGAAUUAUUGGAUUAAAAGGAAUAAAGGGUCUAAAAGGUGAUAUGGGAGAUACUCUAAUAUUAUCAUUUUCAAAAGCCUUACAACUAAUUAAAUACACUAUAAACAUUACAUCAUCAAAUUAUUUUCCCAAAGGUCAAAAAGGAGAUAAAGGUGAAGUGAUUCAGAGAAAAUUCAUUCAGAGAAGAAUAUCUUCACAGAAUAAUAGAAAUUUUCAUCGACGCAAACGGGGACAACAACAAGAUUAUGACCAGUUAACUUUUCGAAUUCAUCCUUUACAAGAAAAUAAACAACAUGUAAAGCAUCCUUUGAAUCAAUCAACACAUGAUUCGAGUAUCUUAUUCACUGGAUCAAAUUUCGCAAAUUUAGAGAAACAAAAAAUUUUAGGUGUUAAAAUACUUCAUAAUCCUAAUGAAUUCAAAACUAUUGGAUCAAUUCUACCAGUUGGUGCAUUAGUUGUUACUGAAUUCUUCAAUUAUGAAGUAUUAUCAUUUGCAAAUGAUAAUCAAUCAUCUAAAUGGGAUUUAAAUAAAAAUUUUCAAUUGGAUCAACUUAGUUCAUUGGGUUUAUUUAUGAAAAUUGAAAAUAUUCAUAAUACAUGGAAAAGAAUACAUGUUAAAUUCGGACAAGAAGUAACAUUUGGUCAACAUGAUCCUAAUUUACAAAUCUACAACAGUUCAUCUUCCAAAGAACCUUCAUCUAAAACUUAUACCCCCAGAUAUAGAGAAAAAAUAGUAUUUGCAUUUCAUCCUGUUCCUUUGACUGGAGGAUCAUUUUCAGGAUGGCAUGGAGCCAAUACGAAGUGUCAUGAAACUGCUCUUCAUCAUCUUGGAAUACCUGGUUUUAAAGUACUUCUUGUAGACAGAAAUUUUCCAAUAGAACGUCUUAUCAAAUGGCAAUAUCAACAUGUACCUAUUAUAAAUCUAGGUAGUCAAACUGUAUUUUCGAAAUGGAGAGAUUUCUUAUAUGGUAUUCGUUCGAAUAUAAACGUACCACUGUACGAUUUAUAUGGUAUGCCUGAUUUACAACUUCAUUCUAAAAACUUCUGGCUUGGAGGUGGUAUUACUUUUGGAUGUGAUGGAUGGACAACAAAUUCAUCAACAAAAUUUGGUCUUACAUGGUCAUUUGAUCAUAGAAUAGGUCAAGUGAAAAUCAACUAUGCAAAAUGUGAUUCAAUCAAUUAUUUAAUGUGUUAUAAACUUGUGAAAUCUACAUUAGCUUAG